UCUAAAACUUCACAUCUCUGGGGAGUUCAUCGUCAUUAUGCAUGAGUCGUUAAGCUCCAGGCUUCCCCUGUUUCUCCCUUAUUGAUCCACGUCUGUAAACCUCCUGAGCUGCUCGGAUUACAGCCAUAGGCAAGAUGAGGCAACUUCAGGACCAUGUCUCCAGAUAGACUGGAGAACAUUUAUUAUUAUCAUGGAUAUGUAGUGACAGACACAUGUUCAUAAUUUAUGAUGGAUGCGAGCUCUGGGUUUUUCUUCACUGUCUGCGUGCUGCUGCUCAUCGCGUGCUGUGACGGGUCUCCGUUCACCGACUGUAUUCAGGGCAAAGGGAAAGCUGGCUUUUACGAGGGAUUCAUAGACGUGUCCGAAUCCGGCGUGAAAUGUAUGAACUGGAGCGAAGUGCCCGGUGUUAGAGAGCGGUACUCGGGGAAAGGUCUUGGGGAACACAGUUUUUGCAGGAACCCUGACGGAAGAAUUCGGCCGUGGUGCUUCUUUACAAACAACCGUGGACGUGUUGACUGGGGCUACUGCGACUGCAAACAAGGCUCUUUGAGGCUGCAGGGUGGCAGAUCUAAGUUGGAUGGUACAGUUGAAGUGUAUCUAAACGGUGUGUGGGGAACCGUCUGCAGUAAUGGAUGGGAUGACAGAGAUGCUGCUGUGGUGUGCCGACAGCUGGGACAGGGAUAUAGGGCACGUGCACGUGCGAGUCCUCUGUCGCGCCUGGCAGUUUCUGUAGUUCAUUGGCAGACUGUUGAAUGUGAGGGACAUGAAGGGGACUUACUGCAGUGCAGUCGCACCGUCUGGAAUGGAGGAGACUGUAACAAUCAACAGGCGGCUGCUGUCUCUUGCACCCCAGUGGAGGCUUCAGCGUUUGUCCCCGUGCGUCUCUCUGGUGGUCCAUCGGCGUAUGAGGGCAGAGUUGAGGUGUAUUAUGCGGGACAGUGGGGGACGGUGUGUGAUGACCAAUGGGACGACAAUGAUGCCGAGGUGGUCUGCAGGCAGCUGGGGUUAGGGGGCAUUGCUAAGGCUUGGUUGGGAGCGUAUUUUGGCUCUGGCUCAGGCCGUGUGCUAUUGGAUGAAGUGAGCUGCACAGGAAAUGAGUUCUCUAUAGAACAGUGUCCAAAACCCGUCUGGGGGGAACACAACUGUGACCACACGGAGGAUGCUGGAGUCUCCUGCACCCCACUUUCAGAUGGUGCAGUGCGUCUGGUAGGGGGUGCCAAAGGUUUCGAGGGCAGACUGGAAGUUCAUUACAGAGGUCAGUGGGGGACGGUGUGUGAUGAUGGCUGGACACAGACCAACACGCAGAUCGUCUGCAGGCAGCUGGGCUUCAGGUCAGGUGAGAGUGUGUCAUCGAGAUGCUUUGGGGUGGCAGCGGGUCCAAUUCUGCUGGAUGAUGUCAGAUGUACAGGGAGAGAGCCCACCAUUACACAUUGCAGCCGGAGGGGCUGGCUGAAACAUGACUGCACUCACAACCAAGAUGUUGCCCUUGUGUGCAGCCCCCAACGCUCCAGACAUGGAGCGCCCACCAGUGUGCCUGUGAGGCUGGUGGGCGGGGAGAAUGAGAGAGAGGGGCGUGUCGAGAUCCUGGUAGGUGGCCAGUGGGGAACGGUUUGUGAUGACGGAUGGACAGAUCAGGACGCAGAGGUGGUGUGCAGACAGCUGGGCUACAGCGGGAUGGCCAAAGCUCGUGUAAUGGCCUAUUUUGGAGAAGGCGAGGGACCUAUCCACAUUGACAAUGUAGAAUGCAGCGGUGGGGAACGGACACUGGCUGACUGCAUCAAACAACCGUAUGGAACACACAACUGUCGUCAUAGUGAAGAUGCUGGAGUUAUUUGUGACUAUGGGUUACAGAAGGAUGCCCCUAUGGUGAAAGACACAGUAAGCUCCAUGUGUGGUCUAAGACCCUCUCAUACCCGCCAGAAGAGAAUAAUAGGAGGAGAGAACUCUCCACGGGGGGGCUGGCCGUGGCAGGCAGCUGUGCGCUUACGGGGUUCUCAGGCAGAUGGACGACUGGUAUGCGGAGCCACUUUGAUCCACAGCUGCUGGAUCCUCACCUCUGCUCAUUGCUUUAAGAGGUAUGGUAACAGCAGUGGGCUGUAUAAAGUUCGUGUGGGUGACUAUCACUCUCUGGUUCCUGAAGAGUAUGAGGAGGAAUAUGCCGUGGAGAAGAUCAUCCUUCAGCCACGCUACCACGCUGACAGCAACGACUAUGACCUGGCACUGGUGCGCGUGUCCGGUCACAGAGCUCACGGCGGGGGGGCCGCGGGCGAGUGCGUCAGGCUGAACCGUUUCGUGCUGCCCGCCUGUCUACCAGCUCGGAGGGAGAGAGUGCCAAAGGGCAUUUCCAAAUGCUACAUCACAGGCUGGGGAGACACAGGUCGUGCCUAUUCGAAAACUCUCCAGCAGGCUUCAAUUUCCGUGUUGAGCAAGCGCCACUGUGAGCAACGCUAUUCUGACCAAUUCACAAGUCGCAUGCUGUGCGCCGGCUCCACCCAUAACAACCAUCGUGUGGACAGUUGCCGUGGAGAUAGCGGCGGUCCAUUGGUGUGUGAAAGGUCAAGCGGAAGUUGGGUUGUAUAUGGGGUCACGUCGUGGGGUCACGCUUGUCGACUGCAAGAUGCACCUGGUGUCUACACAAAAGUCUCCACCUUUGUGCCAUGGAUUAGGAAGGUCAUUGGCCAGUAGGACUUUUUUUGACAAUUUUAGUGAACCAAUAACAAACAUUCUGACAAACUGGACAGAGAAACAAAGCGAAUUUUAGAGUAAAAAGCUUUAGAGAUGAAUAUGUUCCAGAUACUAAUUUAACACGAUAAUACUAGCCGAGUAUUCCAUGUCUUAAGAAAACUUAUUGCCGUAUUAUUUAGCAUGUGGCGUAAAUGUAGUCAACAAAAAAUUCUACUUUGCAGUUUGCACUGAAAUGAUAUUCGUGACCAUUUGAAGGGCAAUUUUAAUAGCGACAAGUCUGGUGGGGUUAAAUCAGCGUAAUUUCGCUCCUUUAUUCUUUGAUUUUUUUUAGAAAAUGGAAGCACUUCUAGGUUGAAGGGACCACAAGAUUAUUUUGAAAACGUGUUAAUGAAUGUGACUGUAUACUUGAUGCUAUAUAAAACAGAUACAGGGUUUAAUCCUUUCUAAAAUAACAGAAUGUUCCAAUUUGAUAUACAGCGGUUUCAAUAAUGCUCUGAUGACUUGGAAUCAUAAACUUUAAUGUUGAAUUGGGAGUAUUCUGGAUUCUUCGCCAAGAAACGUAUGGCAGAUAUAAUCCCCUGGGAUACGGUUGCCAUGCCAUUGCUAUGUAACCAACCACAUCACCUCAUCAACACAUAGUUGAAAUCAUUACGCCUCCACAGGAACAAUGACAUCAUUCGCUAUCGAUCAGAUGUUCAUGAUAAUCUACUGAGACUUGCCACAUGUCAAUGUGAGAUAUUGACAUAUCACAUACUUGCUUAAAAUCUAGUUGCCUUCCCACUCUUCCAUAAACCGGAGAUCUGGAAAUGGCAAUGCAAACCUGCUUAUAAAUGUUUAUGUCUUGAAGUGUUGUGAUAAUGAGGAACAAAUCUCAUCUAAAGCAUUAAGGACUGACAGAAAGCAACAAGCCUUUCAAUGUGUCAUUAUUCGGUUGUAGGAAAACACUAUCACAUGCUGAGCUAAUGCUAGCGUAAUUCAACAUCAAAUGUCUGUUUUCAGUAUGAGUUAUAAAAACAGUCUUUAGGCAGAAUUUUUACUCCCUUUUGAACACAGCAUGAUAUUGGUCUUUAGAAAAUAAAAUGUGACCAAUCACAAGCCCUGUAAUUUUGCACAAGCUGAAGCGUUGCAGUACAACUUAGCUGCAGACGUUUGGAAAUCUAGUGAUUUUGUAAUACAUCAAUCACAUCAGUGUUUUAUUCUAAUUUACUGUACAGUCGAAUUGUAAAAAAAAAUUCACGUAGGGUGAACAGUUCUGUUUUCUUUUCUUUUUUGCGUAUUUUCUCAUGUAUGUUUAAAUAUUUCGGUGCUUGUGGCGGCAUGGUGCUAUUGUUUUUGCAUUAAAUGAGUUUUUAAAGUCCAGUGGCACUGUUCAUAAGGGAGGGCUUAAAUGUAAUAAAGAAUUGUAUGAGGUUGUCUUUACAACAUUAUUGGAAUACAGUAAACAUCUGCAAUUGCCAUGUGCCAAGACCACCACUGAUUUGGCACCCCCUUCAAGAGGUGACCUUCAAGACCCUCCCAUCUUCACUCGCUAAUGCAGACGUAUGUACCCGACAGAUCCCUACGCUCUGCAAACGAACGACGUCUUGUGUUGCCAUCCCAAAAAGGUAAAGAAAUCUUCUCUGGAUCGGUUCCACAUUUGUGGAAUGAUCUGCCUGCUGCUACAAGAUCAGCAGAUUCUGUAGCCAUCUCUAAGAAUCAUCGGAAGACAUCUCUUCCGUCAACACCUGACUGAUCAGUUCUGACUUCUCUUUUCUACACUUAAAAAAAAAAACAAUCUCUGUAUACUGUGGUAGGCUAUAUGAGACCAUUUUUUUAUUGCACUUAUGCUUUUUGUUGUCCUUAUGUUAUUCCAAUUGCUUCCAUUGUUUACCUCAUCUGUAAGUCGCUUUGGAUAAAAGCAUCUGCUAAAUGACUAAAUGUAAAUAAAGAAAGGGCUGUGAAACGAUUAAUCCCGAUUAAUCACAUCCAGAAUAAAAGUUUGUGUUUACCAUAAUAUAUGUCUGUGUACUGUGCAUAUUAAUUUUGUAUUUAUAAAAACAAACACAAAAGCAUAUAUUUAAGAAAAAUAUCAAAUGAAUAAACAUUUAUAUGUAAUUUAAAUUAUUGGUAAAUAUAAAUAAACAUAAUAAAUAUGUCCUAA